AUCUAAAUAUUGAGAACAUGCGAAACGAAAUCACAAUGUUAUUGACAGGUUAAAUUACUCAGGGAAGAAAGUGAAUUUCAUGAUAUUGUAAAUAUUGUAAUAUUGUUUUCUCUUGACUAUGUUAGCUGUCACCUCUCUGAUAUUUAAGAGGCUCAGAAAAGACAACCCCAGAGCUUUAUUACUUAAGUUGGCAGUUAGUUCAAGUAGCGUUGUAGAGCGUCCAGUUAUGAAACCACAUACCCUUCAGUUUUAUAGACGGCCACUGCCUCCUUCUUGCAUUGACUUUGCCUCAGCGGAAGGAAAAACAAUAUUUGCUGAAGCUCUAGCUACUGGACAUAUGAACUCUUUUUUCAAAUUGUCAUCGCAGUAUCGAACUCAAGAUGAACCUGCAUAUUGUGGUCUUACAUCUCUUGUCAUGGCACUUAAUGUUUUGGAAAUAGAUCCAGGCCGGGUCUGGAAAGGCCCAUGGCGAUGGUACCAUGAAGACAUGCUCGACUGCUGCACAUCACUACAGUUGGCCAGAGAAAAAGGCAUUAACAUGGAGCAGUUUAUUUGUUUGGCUCGAUGUAACAACCUUUCAGUCCAAGCUGUGUCAGGUUCCAGUAUACUUUCCUUGGAGGAACUAAGAGCACAGAUUAAAGCAGCCACUCUGAGAGAUGAUGUUGUAUUUGUUGCCUCCUACUCCAGGAAGACUUUGUCACAGACAGGAGAUGGUCACUUCUCACCCAUAGCAGGGUAUCAUGAAGGCAGAGACUUGGUCUUGAUUCUAGAUACUGCUCGGUUUAAAUACCCACCUCAUUGGGUCCCAAUUCAGACAUUGUUGGAUGCAAUGAAAACUGUUGAUCCGGAUACAGGUAGAUCCAGAGGGUAUGCAAUCUUGUCUAGUGCCAAGAAUCAACCCAGCUUACUCCUGUUCAGACCUUCCCCAGCAUUGACUAUAGAGAAAGAUAAAUGUAGUGCAAGGAUUCUACAGUUUGCCAAAGACUGGGCUAAGUAUUUGAAUACACAGACGUCAACAGAUCAAAAAGAGGUUAUACACAUGGCUUUAUCACACCUGAAAGAUCUCAAAUGUAAGAAGUUUUUGUCUGUUGCCUUCUUUGGGCUGACCCUGCCCUACGAAGUGAACAAGGUUAGUGAACAGGUUAGCGGUGAUAGUUUCACAGUCCACUGUCCACAGAUGGGGAAAGGAGAAGAGAAAGUCACCUGCCUGAUCAAGAAUCUGAUAACAGAACUGGAGUCGCUGGACACUUUCAAAGCAGUGAAAGAGUUUUUCAUAAAAGAGAAGAUAGAGAAUAAAUCUGAAUUUUUAAGCUUCAUUCAGAUGGAUGGUUUAAGCUGUGAGGCUGACUCCCCUUAUGUAGCACUGGUACAGACAAAGCUAUCCAAUGAGACUGCAUGUUGUUCCCAAGAGGUUCAGGACAAGUGUACAGCUUACAGGAAACUCAGGAAUGAAGUUGUCCUCAAGGAAUCUGGGAACUUGAAGGACUGCACAGAUUGCGAGGGAGCAUUGACCAUCCGCCCAGAACAUGCUGCCACUCUGUUCCUGCAGGUAUGGCCACACAUGGCUGUCAACUUACCUCCAAGCCUCUCAGACUCUGCUGCGCAAGUAGAGGAGUCAAGUGGUUCCUCUUCUCAAGAUAAGUUGACUCUUGGUUCCCUUCUGAAAGAGUAUGUUUCUUUGGAUUUGACUAAGUCAAAUGGCCGUCUGGUAAAAGAUGAGAUCAACACAAUUAAAGUUAAAAUUGGGGAGCUGCUGACUUAUCAUGGUCAGUGUGGGACACCUCCUCAGUGCUGCUCUCCUUUAGCCUAGGCUCAUAGUGAAACUUGUGCCUUGACAUUUUUAUAGCAGUACAUUUAGGAAUAACUUAUUUUGAUGCUGCCAAUUUGAUUUUUUUUUUAAAUGUAACUAUUUAAAAGACUUGAGGACUACAGAAAGUUUGACCUUAUCUAAAUGGAGAUGAAAGACUUUUUAACCACACUUUCUGUAUGAAAAGAUCCAGGCUAGAAAAUAGUUAAGUGAAACUCAUUAGAAUCCUGGGAAUGGGAGAAGUUCAGAGCUAAGCACAUAAGGGAGCAUUUCAUAUUUUUCUACUGCCACUUCUAUGGGAGAACCUCCUAGGAUGUCAUUGAUAUUUUUGUUGAAUCAUUGUGAUGGAUAGAGCAUUUGUUUUCAUCUAUUUUUUGUAGAGUGCAAAAUGCUAUGGAAGUUGAUGUACAGGUAUACUUGUUUACAAGACUUUAAAACUAAGACUUCAAUUUGGUUUUAUGUAUUCAUCAUUAUGUCUAAAGGAAAGGUAUCGAUGCACCCACUAGGCUUAAUCAUUCCAUACACUACAAAACAAUCAAUACUUAAUGGCAGACUCUUUAAAAAAACAACAAAUGUACUGUCCAUUAAUCUGUUAAAUAUAUGUUGAACCAGACCAAAUUGCAACACUGGGGCAGGUUUAGAUAUAAUGGAUUUUGUGUCACAUCAUCAACAAGGAAGAAUAUAUUUGCUCGUAUGUCCGGUGAGCCAAACUUGUUAUGAACUGUGUGAAUUGAUGUCAUUUAUUUUGGCUGUAUAUUUGAGAAGAAAUUUGGCUGUAAUUUUUCCUUUCUUUCUAUGCCACUUGUAUAUACUUGACUAAUUUAUUGUUCAGUCAUUUUUUUGAAUACAUGAUCAGCAUUCUAGUAAUUAUACUUGAAUUGUAUUAUUAUCUUACCUAGAGUUUUAACUUUAUACAUUAUGUAAAUUUAUAAUUUAUGUCAUUUUUUUAAAUCUUAGGAAAAUAAUGAGAAUACCAAUUUGGGGGGGGGGGGAUAACUAACAAUUUUUGACUAUCUUGUAAAUUUUUAUUUCUAUACUGUUUUUUUUUUUUGUUUGUUUGUUUUUAUUCUAAAUAAUGACACGCAAAAAAAAAAAAAAAUGAGACAUACACAUUUUUGUAUCACCAUGAAGACUUUGAAAAUUGUAUUUAUAAACAUCAUUCUAGACUACCAUCACAAGGUUGUAAACCAUUUUUUUAAACAUUCACCAGCCAUUGUAAAUAGUGCAAGGGAAACCAUUACAAAAUCGGGGCUAAAAGGCAAGAUAAGGAAACAGGAAGAACCAAGUGACUAUAGAUUGAAUGUAAAAAUUAGUUUCCAACUGUUCAAAGUUCAGAACAAAUCUUACGAUUGGUUGAGUGACUUAACAUUUGAAAAAAGCUUUCUAUAUAAAUAUGAUAAUUUAAUGGUCUUAUACAAAUUGUGUCUCAAAUAUAAAAAAUACAAUCAUCUCCAUGUGUCAGACUCCAUGUUUUGUCUCGUACACACUACCCCCCCCCUGCUGCAUUGUUGGAUGGUCUUUAACUGAAGGAUAUUUUCAUUUCUCUUAGAUUUGGUGUAGAAGAAAUAGAAUAACUAAGUCUAAUGAGUCGACGGAACAACUUCUAACCGUGUCGCAGUGUAAGGAUCAACUAGGGAUCAUCAUACAAUUCUCUUUAAUGAGGAGAGACUCGCAUUUUAAAAUUUUUUUUUUUUCAUUUCUGGGUCGAAAAACUUUGCAGUUACGCGUAAAAAAGAAUCCCUGCUGGACAUUGAGCGGUCCAACAUAGCGCUACUAUUUCGUGGGAUAAGUGAAAUAGGUUGAUCUUGCAGUUGUAGAUGUCUGACUUGGACAAAUGACUCAGAAGAUGUUUGCCUGUCUUGUACGGGUGUAUUCUUGCAAGUUCGGUGUAACUGACAAACUUUAUCACAAUAACAAGUGAAGAAUUAAGUCCAGACUGUCAAAUAACUUGAAAAAUGAUUAAUACGAAAAGACCACAGUCUAGUCUCUGCCAGUAAUCGAUGUUAUUACCUUGAAGUCAUAUCAACUCUAUAAUACUAACAAACUAGCCAAAUUCCACUAUCCGAAACGCCACUGAAUGUAGCUUUCAAAGUGUCUCAUUUAUGGUGCGUCGCUAGACUAAAUGUCUAACAGACUACGGAGUGGGCUUGAAUUCUAAUUGUGAUUCCAAACCACAGUUUCUUAAAAAAAAAAAAACACAUUUGUCAGCUUGCGCAUUGCGUUGUAAGUUCCAGUCAACUCUGGAGAAAGCGCCAAAUGUUCAAGAAACUUCUCUUCAGCGCCUGACUGCAUUACUGUCUCGAUAAAACUGAAAGGCUGAUCACACGACGACAAGAUUCUAUAGGGCAGGGGCAAUGCUACAUGUUGAUAGCCCAACGCUUACUUCAAGAAAUGUGAUAAUCAUUGAUGCAUAGGGAACAUUCUGCCAAAGAAAUGUUAGGAACAGAACACUGACUGACCGCUUGCGUCGACUUGAUUAAAGCCUCUAUUAAUGUACCGGUACUCAGAAAACGAUUGAUGAAAGAAAAGAAGAUGAAGAAAGAUUGAUGGAUGCCAAUUUGUAUGUUAAUUAAAGGUUAAAGUGCAAGUGAUGUGUGGCCACAUAUGAACUUUACUAGAGACCCCAAUUAAUACGAUUCAGGUUGAUAAUGCAUUGGUCAUGUUGUAUAACUCUAUAUAGAAUACCGUAAUUGCAAAACAAACUAAAGACUUUACGCAUCUUAGUGGGAUUUCAAGAAAAACUCUGGCUAGUGCUCAUCGCUAUAGUAUAGAUGAUAGAAGCCAAAAUUAAACAAUACCAUUUAUACAUAAUUACAUUUUAGAUCUCUAACUAGAUCUAGUGUUUUUUUUUGGUUUCUCAUUCUGACCAAUCUAGGGACAUUCCAGUGUCUAUAAACUCUUCCUGUUUAAGUGCUAGUCACACUACAAGCUUGGUAUUCAAAGGAUCUGCCCAUAAUAAAAACUAUUUACCAUCUACAAACUAUGGUCAGUUUGAUGCCAUCUGCUGGGGUCAACCCACUGGUCAGUGACCAAUUUCGUUUUCAGAAAGUCCUUAGUGGUGAGACUAAACAGUCGUAUAUAUGUCAGUGUGGUCAUUUGGUGGAAGGAACUCAAGCGUUUGAACUUCAACCGGAAUUCGGCCAGCCACUCUCUGUUAAUACUGCUCAAGAGAUAGGCCUAUCAACUCAGGGGCGCUACGCCCAACAAAAUGCCGCCACAAUAUCUCAGCCUUGGCACCAAGCCAGAGAGCCGACCAUGUACCUACCGGACGCCUCUGCAGACGUCUGCUGCUCAUGUCCCAACUGUGGGUGCCUGCAGCACAGGCCAGCUGCCCCCACGCCCAUUUCUAUGUCGUGUGGGUGCGACCCUUGCAGACAGGCUGGGGGAGCCAACACGUGCUGCCCCCCGCAACCCAAUCGUCCUCUUCAAACACCGGGCGUAGGCUGGGGGUACUGUCCGCCCAUUCAUAUGGACCCAAAAGCUUUAAUAAGACCAAGAGAUAAAAGUCUGCCAGACAGUACUCGACCAACAGGAGCUCCUUAUUUCGCGCAGGAAACGAACAAAAGUUGUCCACCAUUCCAAGUUCCAAAGCCAAUGAAAAGCUCAUUCACAUAUAAAGAUUGGUUGAAUACAGUGAAAGAUCGUGAACCUAAAGACUGUCUAGGGAACUGCUGCAUUCCUUCCCUUUGCACCUGGUGUGCCCCGAAGUAUUACGACUGCUGUGCCAAUGUCAAUGAUCCCAGGUCAUACUUUCUUACAAGGCAAAGUCUACCUCCAUUCUACUGAUGAGUCAGCAGCCACAGGCCAUCGCAAAGAUAAAGUUCAAUUUGCUACAUCUCCACAGAUUCACUCUGUAUAUACGUUGCUUAAUACCUUAUCACAGCUAUACAGCUGUUAGCUGUAGCUAUGACUUGUCUCUAUGUUUUCAUCAUCUUUUCAAAUAAAGUAGUUCUUGCAUACCAUUGACAAGAAAAUUUCA